UGUAAUUAUUGGUUAAGAAAUAGUUUAAUAAUUUAGAGAAUCGGUUGAGAAGUGAGAGAAGGCUUUGAAAUGAAUGAUAAUAUCGUCAAACAGUUGGAAAGUUGCGCUCAAAUGCUUUUGGCUCCUCCGGAGUGCGUAUCUCAAGACCAGAGGAAUGGCGCCCAACAGGUGUUCAUUGAGUUCCAGAAGACUAAAUGUCCGUUUGAUUUGUGUCGAGAUAUCCUGGAGUCGAGUGGAGUGGCGUUCGUUCAGUUCCAGACCGGCUGUUGUCUCAAGAAUGGUGUCAUCAGAGACUGGAACUGUCUCAGCGAAGACCAACGCAAGAUACUCCUCAAGUAUUUGAAUCAAUACGUGAAUAGCCGUCAAUUGGAGGCCUAUGUCUGCGAACAGCUUCUUCUGGUGUGCGCUAUAAUAGUGAAGCGCAUUGCCAUCGAUGAGGGAAAUGAUUCCCAAUCGUUGACACAAAUUCUCACAUUUCUCUACGAAACGGUGUCCAACGGAUCCAGUGGUCACAACUCACGGAUGGUUUGCUGCACUUCAGUGCUCUCAAUACUGAACGAGUACUCGUCGUCGACGAGAGCGUCCGACUUUGGCCUCUCGUGGGCCACACAUCUCAGGGCGAAGAAGAAGUUCGAGAACACACACCUCAAGAGUAUAUUCCGAUGCGUUGUCUCAACACUAGUGACUCACCUAAGAAUCUCGGACGCGGAGAGUCGGGGCCCUGAGUGGACACAAUUGGCCACAAAGUUGUUGCGAAUCUGUGACUUCAUUCUGUCGUGGAAUUUCGAUGUGAUCACAAUCUUCUCCUCGCAAUACGCAAAACACGUGGACUCUAUUGAGAACCCUGUCCUCCAACCGGCCAUCGACUGGAAGGAAGUGCUGCUCGACGGCGAUGUCAUCUCCAUAUUCAUGGAAAUGCAUUUAUGUCUUCGCACAGCGAAUGAUGAGAAACUAUUUCACUAUUCAUUGCAAUGCAUUAAUCAGUUGUCUUCACUCAACGGACCCAUUAUUAUAAACGCCGAAAAUAGGAGUAAAUUUCUAAAGACUAUAAUUACGGGUACUAUUGGUUUAGUGAACCAGAUUUGCGACACAAUCACUAUCGCAGAAGUGGUUCCCAUAACUACUGUAAUCAACCGAAUCUGUGUUCGCCUUCAAUCGAGAGAUCAAAUUAAUUUUGUUGAAUUUGAAUUACUGAAGACAUUCCUCGAAAUACACGAUGUGAUCAAAUUGGAAGCUCUGGCGGUGUGGACGCGACCCAUAUUUGAAGCGUUCGUCAGAAUACAUCUGAGCCAACCCGAGGGCUUAAGACAACCCGCCACUGAGAUUGAAGACGACAUUCAGGAGUUUGAAGACAACGAUAUUAUUUUAUAUGGCGAUCAGUUGAAUGCCAUCGGAUGUAUUGCUCGCAUCGAUAGCAACCAUGCGGUCAAUUGUUUGACUCACAUUCUGUCUCUUCGAGUCAAUCAAUUCGAGACAUGUCUUCGACGCGACAGUCAGUCACAGGAGAAGACUAAUGAAUGGAUAGCUUUAAGCGAAGAUCUUCAUUGGUUGGUCUUAAUUACAUCUAAUUUGUUGACUCAAACCAAUUAUGUUUAUUAUGGCGAACGAGAACUGAUUCCCUCGCAAUUGAUGUCACUUUCGAUCGCUUUUCAAUCAGAUUUGAAUCAAACCGUACAAUCAGUGCAAAAUUUAGACCCAUUUUCAUCGGCCGCUACCGACCCUAUCAACGACUACCCGGAGAUGAGUAUUGCACUCAAUUCUUGCUUUGGUCGCGACUCUCCUGUUGCUAACGGUGUUCUCAAUCUCAUUGUCGACCACAUCAUCACUAAACUGGUCUUCUGGUCGAGUGAGACUCAAGUGACCGAAGAAUCGUCACUCGCUUUAGUCCAUUUCGUCAAGAAUUGCAUCGAAAGGUGCAAAGCAUUGAACAAUUGUGCGAAUAUGAAUAAGUUGUUAAACAAACACUCGGCCAACGAGUUGCAGAAUUUAUCGAUCAAUACUCGCAAAAACAUAUACCAAGUAUUGGUUCAUAUCGUGACUUACAAUCAUGAACUAUACGACCAAUUGUUUCAGCCAUUGAUGGACAGAUACACUAAGAUCAGGGCCUCAAUCGAAGAGCGAGACACUGGCGAACCGUUGAGAGCCGCUAUCGUUGAGCUGUACGAGUGUCUCGAAGGCAUCGCUUGCGGCACAACAGCUGUCAAUAUAAGCAGCGUUUGGCCCAACUUUAUUGCACCCAUUUUUCAUGACUUACCAAAGAUUCUAUCAUUUCUUCAUAAUUACAAUUCAAUAGUUGUGGCGGUUCUUAAUCUUUUGGCUCAAUUGACAAAUAGAAUUCUAUGCUAUCUCUCAGACAAUGAUAUCAUCACUUUCUAUAACACAUCCAUUUCUAUACUCAAUGAAUACGCGAAACACAAUUGCAAUCGUUGUGUACGCGAAGGCAUUGACGACGAGGAGACCUGCAAUGAUAUUCUGGUUAUUCUCAAUUUUCUCAACGAUUUGGCCGCAAAAGACUUUAUUGAAUGGUUUCACGACUCGAGAGGCGAUCAGAAUUCCAACAUAAGCGCAACUCAAGUGGUUUUUGUUGGCCUAAACAUAAUAAUGCCUUUAAUCGGCGCCCCAUUACUAGAGUUUCCCAAAUUGUGUCAAAGCUAUUAUAAAUUGAUUGUAUUUCUGUGCGAAGAUCCCGAACGACUUCAUGGACUGCCGGACCCUCUGCUCCAAUCGAUCGUACAGAGCGUUCAACUCGCUCUCAAGUCUACGUUUGGCAAUGAAGUGAAGAGCAAUUGCUUGACAAUAAUAUCGGUUUUGGGAACUCAUGCGAUGCGCGAACCGAACAAAUUCGUUACAUUAGUACAACUCGUGGAACCAUUUCUUCGGCUUAUAUUUGAGUUCACACUUUUCGAGUGCGGAACCAGUAAUGACGUGACGAUGAGAGAGAGUGUGGCCAACGCUCUCUUCUCGUUGAUCUGUUGCUUUCCAUCCAGAUAUCAAGAAUUAGCGCAACAGAUCAUCAGCUCGUCUAAAGAAGAAUCGGUUCAAAAACAAUUGCAAACGGCGUUCGAGAAGCUUAUGGAAGGCUUAUCUCUAGACGGAGCCCGAGUCCAUAGGGCGGCCUUUAAGCGCCGCUUUGAAACAUUUGUUAUCGAAAUUCAAGGAUUGCUUUGUAUAAAAUAA